CUUUUCACAGUUAAGGUUACUUGUUUCCUUCGCCUUAUCUGGCAACCCUGACCAAACUGCGACAGCGCCAAUGGCAGCAAAACAUAACUGUUACAGGCGAGGAGGAUGACAGCAACAAGGAUUACAUAAUUUGAUUUUACCUGCUCACACAGUAGAGGCCGUAACCCUUGGCCUGGAGGAGAAGCCUGCAGUGCUAACAGUCCAUCCCUUAGCAUGAUUAGCUGGUUGUGGUGGAGGUGAGGAAGCAUGGAGUGGAAAUUUGGGGUGUCAAGACAAACGUGAUGACAGCAUGGUCCAUGGUGGAGAAGCUCAAAAUGGAAAAACGCCCGUGCAGGGAGGAGAACAUUGACUCAAGCGAGGCGCAGCAUGCCACUGACGAGUCUGAAGAUGGAAGCAGCUCAGAUAGCGAAUCGGAAGAGCAGCAACAUCGGAGGGUUCAGGUGAACAGCAGUAGCUGUAAGAGAAGGGAGCCACUGGCUGUAACAAAACCCCACCGACAGCUCUGUCGCUCCCCAUGCCUUGAUCGGCCCAGUUUUUCCCAGAGUAGCACUGCGCAAGACUUUCGUGAGGAUGAGACCAAUGCAGUACCAGGGGCUAAGCCCGCCAGUGAGCGAGAGUACCAGACUAAGAUGGAAUUUGCUUUGAAGUUGGGCUAUUCAGGAGAGCAGGUUGAAACUGUGCUCCACAAGUUAGGGUCUGCUGCGCUUAUUAACGAUGUUCUUGCCGAGUUAGUACGGCUCGGAAACAAAGCAGAGCCUGAAAACCAGUCUUGCAGCAGCAGUACAGCCACGUCAAUAUCAUGCUCCCCCUGUGUUAAAGAGACUGUUAGUCCCGAAGUGUCAGUGGAAGAGGAAUCUGUGGAUAGUUUUGAUAACCUCAGGCCUAUCGUCAUCGAUGGCUCAAAUGUGGCAAUGAGCCACGGAAACAAAGAGGUGUUCUCUUGUCGUGGCAUCCAGCUUGCUGUUGAAUGGUUUCUGGAGAAAGGACACAAAGACAUCACUGUGUUUGUUCCAGCCUGGAGAAAGGAGCAGUCAAGACCUGAUGCCCUCAUCGCAGAUCAAGAAAUCUUACGCAAGCUGGAGAAAGAGAAGAUCUUGGUUUUCACCCCGUCUCGGAGAGUUCAAGGCAGGAGAGUGGUGUGCUAUGAUGAUCGCUUCAUAGUGAAGCUGGCUUAUGAUUCUGAUGGAAUUAUUGUGUCAAAUGACAACUACAGAGACUUGCAAAAUGAGAAGCCAGAAUGGAAGAAAUUUAUAGAAGAGCGACUCCUAAUGUACUCAUUUGUCAAUGACAAGUUUAUGCCACCUGAUGAUCCAUUGGGAAGACAUGGACCAAGCUUAGAAAAUUUCCUGCGCAAACGCCCUGUUGUUCCAGAGCACAAAAAACAACCUUGCCCUUAUGGGAAAAAAUGCACAUAUGGACACAAGUGCAAGUACUAUCACCCAGAGCGUGUCAACCAGCCACAGCGCUCCGUGGCUGAUGAACUACGGGCUUUUGCCAAAUUGUCUGCAGUGAAAACAAUGAGUGAAGGGGCUUUAGCUAAAUGUGGGAUUGGUCCAGCAACAGUAAAGGGGGACAGCAGCUCUGAGGCCAAACGCGUGGCACCCAAACGGCAGUCUGACCCGAGCAUUCGUUCAGUGGCCUGCGAACCUCCAGAGGCACUGUCCGCCAUUAGGAAGUCUGAGACAAAUUCAGUGCCUUCCCUCGUGUCUGCUCUCAGUGUGCCCACAAUGCAGCCAGCCAAGAGCCACGCAGCUGGUGCCUUGAACACACGAUCAGCCAGCAGCCCAGUGCCAGGUUCUUUGCAGUUUUCUCACAGUUCUCUGGAGCACAUGUCUAGUGUACAGUACCCUCCUAUUUUAGUUACUAAUAGUCAUGGCGCCUCUGUAACAUAUAGUGAACAGUUCCCAAAGUAUGACUCAGUUAGUGACCAUGGCUAUUAUUCACUGCACAGUGAUUUUUCAAAUAUGAGCAUGAGCAGCAUGCAUAAUGUUGACAGUUUCUGUAGCAUGGAGCACGAGCAUGUGUAUCAGAGAAACCCCAGCCACUGCCCUGAAUCCUGCCUCAGCCAUUCAAACAGUGACUCGUUCUCGUCUUAUGGGGACCUGUACCCAAGCUCUGUGGACAGUAGCUUAGAGGAGAGUAUGAAGGGGCAGCAGCAGUCUCCCGCACAGACUAGGAUGCAAGCGUUCUCCCACGGGUUUCGUCAUGAAGCGCUGACUAGGGUACAGAGUUACGGACCAGAGGAGCCCAAGCAAGGCCUACGUAAGCAGGCUGGGUCUCAUCUAGCACCACAUAUCCAGCAUGCUGCAGUGGGAGCCAGGUCCAGCUGUCCUGGAGAUUAUCCCCUAACUCAGAAUGUUCUCCCACCUUUGUCCUCACAACCCACACGCUCGCUAGGUAUGACUCGUAUGGACAGCAUAUCGGAUUCAAGGCUAUAUGAUAGCAACCCAAUGAGACAGAGGCGACCUCCACUGUGCCGUGAGCAGCAUGCAAGCUGGGACCCUCUCCCUUGUGGUAAUGAGUCCUAUGAAUAUCAUUCAUAUCCACUGAGUAACAGCUUGAUGCCAUGUUGUGAGCGGGUGAUGGUCCGCAGCAUGCCAGACAAAAUGGAACAAAUCUGGAACUCGCCAUGGGAGGCCCCAUCUGGAGCUGAACACCAAGAGCGGUAUGCUAUCCCUGACCACCAGUAUCAAACAUACAGGAACCUUUGUAACAUCUUUCCUGCCUACAUAGUCCACGCUGUAAUGGAGAAGAACCCUCAUUUGACAGACCCGCAGCAACUUGCCGCUGUCAUUGUUACAAAACUGAGGUCAUGCCACUGAAAAGUUAAUUGUAUGAAACCUUCAAAAUGGAUUUAAUAAGAGAAAUGAGGAUUUCUUUGCAAAGAUAGGCACAUGUUAAAUGUUGCUCCAUGUGCAAUGUCUGCCCUCAGGAGUUAGUUGUUUUUAAAUGUUUCUGGUAGGAUAGAGGACAUUUUUGUAUGAAGUGGGGUGUAGCUGAUACAAGCCAACACCUUAUUAGAAAUCUGGUUCAUAACGUAUUCAUACUACCUGAGCAGGAACAGGGAAGCAGCGUCUGUUUAACAUGAAAGGUAAUUCCUGUAUUGUCGUUAACCUUUGGCAGUACUGAAUUUAAAUGAUGUUACAUGUUGUACAAAGUUGUAGAGGCUGAAAACAAUAUGAAAUAUUCAAUCCGUUUUGUAAAAUAUAUAAAUAAAGUAAUGUGUGAAAUAAAGUAAAAUAAUGAAAUCUAAACUCAUAUGUAUUUAUAUAUACAGAUGACACCACCUGUCACCUUUUAAUCAGUGUUCAGCUUUCAAGGUAAAAAGCUGUUAACAGAAUUAACAUUUUUUGCUCUUGUUAGCUGUAAAAGUCAUUAAAAAUGAACUCCGUGAAACACACAACACAGAUAAAGUAAACUUUUAGAUUUCCUUUUAUUAUAAGGCUGCAAAGGCCACUUAGCUAACAAGCUAACAUUCUAGGUAGGUUGUAAGCACAGAAGACAGUUUAUUAUAGGAAUUCAAAUUGGCUGAUUAAUUCAGAGAGCAAUCUUUUAAAGACCAAAAAACACUAAAAGCCAUCAUUUAUUUCUUCAUUUCAAAUCAACAGCUUGAUAUUGGCACUUGUGAGCUAAUCGACAAGCUUGCUAGCUAGUCAGCAUUAGUUGGCAAACACAGUAACAAAACUAAGGAAGUUUAUUUAUUUAUUACCCUUUAUUUAACCAGGAAGGUCCCAUUGAGAUUAAAAACCUCUUUUUCAAGGGAGACCUGGCCAA